UGUACUGUUUCAAGUGCCGAUGGAAGAAGAACAACGUGUUCAACUCAUAACAUCAAUAUUGUCUGAGCUUCAGAACAAUAUGAUUGAAGCAGCUAAUUCGAUCUCAAAUGAUACAUCAGUGGAAGUCAUCACAUCUGGAUGUGAGACUGAACCUUGCGCAAACGGCGGAGAGUGUACAGCGGUGGGAUCUAACUCCGUGGAAUACACGUGCACGUGUGCAGCUGGCUACACUGGGAGCUCCUGCUUAUCAGACAUUGACGAAUGUGCUAUUGUUGGAGCUUGUAGCAAUCGGGGAGUCUGUGAUAAUACGAUUGGAUCGUAUUCCUGUGAAUGUAUAACAGGAUGGCAGGGAACAGACUGCGAUAAUGAUGUUGAUGAAUGCGAGAUUGAAAGUCCCUGUAAAAAUGGUGCGAUAUGUAACAACAUACCAGGGUCAUUUGAUUGCGAAUGUGGUCCCGGAUACACUGGCAGAGUUUGUGAACUUGAAAUAAACGAAUGCGAGAGCAAUCCAUGUUUAAAUGGUGGAGAAUGCGUCGAUGGAGAAGGAGCAUAUAGUUGCAGAUGCUCUGCAGCGUUUACUGGAGAUACUUGUGAGAAGAAUAUUGAUGACUGUGAUCCUAACCCAUGUGAGAACGGAGCAGCCUGUGUGGAUGAUAUCAACUCUUUCACUUGCCAGUGUGUUGACGGGUAUACUGGUCUUCAUUGUGAAUCAGGUAUUGAUGACUGUGAUCCUAACCCAUGUGAGAAUGGAGCAGCCUGUGUGGAUGGUAUCAAUUCUUUCACUUGCGAAUGUGAUCACGGGUAUACUGGUCUUCAGUGUGAAUCAGAUAUUGAUGACUGUGAUCCUAACCCAUGUGAGAACGAAGCAGCCUGUGUGGAUGGUAUCAAUUCUUUCACUUGCCAGUGUGAUGACGGGUAUACUGGUAUUCAUUGUGAAUCAGAUAUCAAUGAGUGUGAGGUUCUUGAUCUUAACUCAUGUGAAAAUGGGGGAGAGUGCAUCAAUGAACCAGGUUCAUAUAGAUGUGAUUGCGAUGAAGGAUAUACAGGUGUUUACUGUGAAAGUGGUAUUGAGAGCUGUCCAGAGGGUUUCUGUCUGAAUGGAGGGACAUGCAUUGAAGACUUCAAUUCUGUAACAUGUAAUUGUCCAUCAAGCUACAUUGGCACUCAAUGUGAAGAAGAUUUCAAUGAAUGCAAUAUGCAUGGUGUCUGCAACAACCAUGGAGCUUGUAGGAACACAGAAGGGUCUUAUGAAUGUAGAUGCGAGGCUGGUUGGGAUGGCAGAGACUGUGAAGUGGAAGUGGGACAGCCAUGUGACAACAACCCUUGUGAAAACGAUGGCCGGUGCUUCAAUGAAGGCAGUGGAGAUCAAUACACAUGCGUGUGUGGCGUCGGGUUUUCUGGGACCAAUUGUGAAAUAGAUAUUGAUGAAUGCGAAAUGCAGCCUUGUCUUAAUGGUGCGACAUGUAUUGAUGGACGGGGAUCGUAUACUUGUAAUUGUUCACAUGGCUUCACUGGCAUCCGAUGUGGAUUUAGCAGCAUAGAGUGUACUGCUGAUUUCUGUCUGCAUGGAGGAACCUGCGUGGAAGACACCAAUGCCAUAAGUUGUUUGUGUGGUUCCGGGUUUACAGGCAUUCAAUGUGAAAUUGAUGUGGAUGAGUGUGAAAACAUUUUUACAUGUCUAAAUGGCUCUACCUGUGUCAACGAACCUGGUUCUUACAGAUGUGAAUGCCCUGCUGGCUAUGAAGGACCCACAUGUUCCGAAGAGAUUGACGAAUGUGCAUCAGGCCCUUGUUUGAAUGGCGCAUAUUGCUUUGAUAAAAUGGCAGCAUACGUAUGUUCAUGUACAAGUGGAUUCACUGGACAGCACUGUGAAUUAGACAUUGAUGAAUGCAGCCUAGAAGUUGCUUGUAGCAAUCAUGGAGUAUGUAAUAACACCGAUGGGGAUUACAUAUGUUCUUGUGAAGAAGGAUGGGGAGGAAAAGACUGUGAUACAGCCAUAACAGAUUGUGGAUUCCGACCAGCCCAUUCAUCUUCCAGUCCUCGCAUCAUCGGUGGCUCACUGACUCAGCUCGGGGAUUGGCCCUGGAUGGUAUCUCUGCGAGACCGUUCAAAUGUCCAUCUUUGUGCUGCGGUGAUUAUUAACAGUAACACAGCCAUUACUGCUGCACACUGCAUAGACAAAUUUGAAACGGCAGUUGUGGGCGACCUGAAACUUUCUACCACUUCGGUGCAUCACCUUGAGCUGGAUAUAGAAGGAAGAGCCCAGCAUGAGGAUUACAACAGUGAAACCAUAGAGAACGACAUCGGGAUCAUCAGGUUCAAGACUCCACUCAACUUCACCAAUGACUUUAUCAGACCAAUCUGCAUAGAGAACGAGAAUCGUACCAUGUACAAGGAGUGCUAUGUGACUGGAUGGGGACAUUCAGAGGAAGGAGGUUCUGUUUCAGACACGCUUCAAGAGGCCACUGUUACCUUGUUCAAUCAUUCGACAUGCCAAGAAUUCUACCGUGAUCGCCAGCUCACUCAGGGCAUGCUGUGUGCAGGAAGUUUAUCCGGUCAGAAGGAUGCAUGUCAGGGUGAUACAGGGGGGCCUCUCCAGUGUGAAGAUCAAGAGGGCCGGUUCCACCUGGUUGGUAUCACUAGCUUUGGUUACGGAUGCGGACGGCCAAAUUAUCCUGGUGUGUAUACCAAGGUCACAUACUACAAUCGAUUUAUUACCACGACUUUUGAAAAACCAGAUGGGUAUGAUGUGUCUUUCUACCGUCAAGAUCAGAAGUUGGAUUACACUCAGAUGACUUUUGCAAGGAAUUUUCCUGAUGGUAUCUACGGAUCUCAGUUUAUAGACGGGAACAAGUAUUAUCGCAACGACUAUGAAGAAAUCCUGACUGUCCAAACAGAGUUUGCAAACAUUAUUGAAUUACGCUUUCUCAUUUACAGUGUUGAGCGACCAUAUGACAAAUUAUACAUAGGUUUGGGUGACAAUCCAUAUGAUUCUGACACGAUCAUUUCUGAUACGGACGGAGAAAUGGGAACAUUUUAUCGGAUCGCGAGUCAAAAAGUCUGGAUGAGAUUCAAAUCAGGUGGGGAGACACGUGGGAAAGGUUCUCAUGUACGUUUUCAAGGAAAAUACACUACAGAUCAAUCAGAGUUAAUGUGUCAGGAGGAUUCAUGCUUCAAAGAAUGCCGAGACUUCUCACUUGGAUAUAUUUGCUUCGAUUCGGACAUCGAUUAUUCAUUCAACUGUGAUUUUGAGAAUUCGAUCUGUGGCUGGUACCAGAUGAAAUGGGAUGAUGCUGACUGGUAUCGUCUAGCAUCAAAGGAUCAUACAUUUGGAAACUCAAGUGGACAUUAUAUGACUAUUGGUGGGACCGGAUUAGUUUGUGAGCUCAACAGCCCGAGGAUUUCUCCUCAUAAACCCCUCACCUUCGAAUUCUAUUAUCGCCUACGACAAAGUGGCAAUUUGACAUUCAACAUUAGAUAUCUGCACGAAGCCAACAUGACUUCAGAAAUCAUAUGGAGCCUGCCAUCAGCAGCUACUCAUCACAGUUGGCUUCUUGGCGUAGUCGAUCUUAGUGAGUGUGGUUCAGGAUGGAUCAUCAUCGAGGGCUCGAGUGGCAUCGCCAUCGAUGAUGUCAGCCUCAUUGAGAGUUCUUUACCAUUCGUUGGUGAUGAAGACAGUUAUAUAGCGCUUCUUCCUGAUUCACCAAUGUACGUGACAUCACCUGGCUUCCCAAAGCCAUACCCCACUAACAUAACACGAACGUUACAGUUCCGUGUUCAGAAUCGAAAGGGAGCUCACAUCAUGUUCGAAUCGUUCUCUCUGGAGCCUGUCUUUGACACGUUAACUAUUGGAUUGGGACCCGACCCCACUGAUCAGAGCAGCGUGUGGUAUGAAUUUUCUCAAAUACUGAACAAAAGACUUAUCUCUGGUGUGAUUCCUAGCCAGGAAUUCUGGCUUGUAUUCAAGAGUGAUUGGACAGUCUCAGGAGAUGGAUUCAAAGUCUUGUUAAUGGCAACUGAUCAGAAAUCUGACGAAUCAGCCGUAAUGAAUACUUCCCCACCACAAGGCAUCAUUGGACUCUACCCUGGGGAAUAUCAUUGGUUUGACUGCCCAGAAAAUGUUUAUUUCACCUCGAGCUUCUCUGACGUAUAUUGGGUCAUCUUAGGCCCUCAAGGAACUGGAUUGCUGAUGGAAGCUUCGCAUUUUCACAGUGAGGGUUUCCUUUCAUUGCGAUCGUAUGGAUUGAUUGCGACUUUCACGCGUUAUUCUGCAUUGAGAAAUAUCCAUGUCUACAUUGGGCUGUUAGAAGUGCAUUAUAUCGGUGAAUACCCAUCAACGUGGUCAGAUUUCCAGUUCCAGGUUACAUCAAUCCCAGGCGGUUGCACUGGCAAUAAUACUGCUUGUUCAUCAGGUGCAUGCAUUAGCCAGUCCCAAGUUUGUGAUGGGAUCAAUGACUGUGGAGAUUUUAGUGAUGAAGACAAUUGUCCAUCAUGCACUCCGGUACCUUCAUCAUGUAGAAGUUUAGUGGAGUACAACAAUACUUUCUUUCCUCACAAAUAUGCUGAAAGUAUACAAGAAGCCAACUAUAAAAUGUCUCAGAUUCAAGAAAUAAUUGGUACAUCUGUGUCAUCCAGUAAUCUUGAGCUGUUAUGCCAAAUCUUCUAUCCACAAUGCUUCCACAAUGGACCCACUACGAGACCAUGUCGAUCGGCAUGCGUGGAACUGGAAAAUGAAUUCCGUUUCCAGUAUGAAAAUCAGACCGGACUGGAAUGGCCUCUUGACUGCAAUGAUUUUCCAGACUCAAUGGAGACCUCCGAUGGCUACUGUACAGGCCCUGAUGGAGAUCUCCUUAACACAGCGAUAUGUGGCACCCGACCUGCAUACACGCCAUUCCAAUCUUCGGUGACAGUAGAGGGUGGUGUUCAUGCAGAGGAUGGUGAAUUUCCUUGGAUGGUUUACCUGCACGACGAGCAUGCAGGACAGUUCUGUAGUGGUACCCUGCUAGGGCAUGAGUGGGUUAUCACGUCUGCACAUUGCGUUAGCAACCUUUCAUAUAGCUUGGAUUCCAUAGUCCUAGGCGACCUAAGUCGUCGGUAUUUCUCACAGCAUCACAUCAGCAGCGAUGUCAGUCAGGUUUUCACACAUCCGGCUUAUGAUGGCAACGAUUACGACAUUGCCCUUGUAAAGUUGAAAAACUCUGUUGAGUUCUCUGACACUGUGAGGCCAGUAUGUUUUCCUGCGAAGACUGUUAAUGAGAUGAAGGUUUAUCACAGAUGUAUAGUGUCAGGAUGGGGAGACAGAGACAUCUCAGUUUCUGAUGACCAUCUGAAAAGAUCCAAUGUUCGUAUGGUCACUGAUAGAAGCUACUGCAGUACCAGCUUGUGGGACCAUCGGAUCACAGAACGUAUGGUGUGUGCUGAAUAUGACCGACAGAGUGGAUUUGAUAGAUGCCAGGCUGACCGCGGAGGUCCAUUGGUAUGUCAAGGAGUGGACGGACGGUGGCAUCUUGUUGGGGUGAAAAACUGGGGGAACGAUCCCAAUUGUGUCGACUCUUCUGAGCCACUUGUGUUUGCCAGUGUACCACAUCUUCUCCCAUUUAUCAACGAUGUACUUUUCCCCACCGAAAGAAAUUUAUCCACACCUUCAGCUGAGGAAAAUACUACUUAUGCUGUACCUGUUUCCUUUGCGAGAACAACGCCAGGCCCUGCUGUCAAAACAACAACCAAAAGAGAUAUCCCUAUUGGCACCAAUUAUCUCUAUGACAGAAGUAGGAUUGUAUAUUCAUCCCCAAAUUAUCCUAGUGGCUACAACAAUUCUGAAUACGUCAUCCACCGAUUUGUAGUGCAGCUUCCUUAUUUGGGUUUGCUACUGCGUUUCACUGAUUUUCAAACUGAGGAAUGUUGUGAUUCUCUGACCAUGUACACCGCGGAUGAUUCAAGUUUUGACUUUAAGGUUGAGGUGGCAAACUUAAGAGGAGAACUUCCCAAUCUUCAAACUUUUGUAAUAUAUCAAAAGUAUUUGUCAUUGCAUUUCGUCACCAACGGUGCAGUAACUGAUCGAGGUUAUGAAGUAGAAAUCACAACGUUUGUCUUGCCAGAUUGCGGUGGAGAUGAUACAUUUGACUGUGGCAAUGGUAUAUGCAUCCUACGAAAUCAUACUUGUGACAACUUCAACCACUGCGGAAACUUUGCUGAUGAACAAUAUUGCACAUCAUCAUCAUCGACAACACCGUUUCCAGCAGUUGCAUCAUCACUACCACCAGCAUCAGUAAAUGGCUCGUGCUUGAAUAGCUGUUGUACCAAUUCCAAGUAUGCUUGUAACCCAGGGGGUUGCUACUGUGACAGUAAUUGUCAUUUAGACGGCAACUGUUGUGAUGACAGGGAUGCAGUGUGCACCGCACUGGAAACAUAUCCAUAUGUAUUCAUGUCGAAUUCAACUUACUAUAUGCGUGGGGGUGAGGUCAUGUCGUUAUUCACUCCUAAUUACCCUGAUGAUUAUAACAAUCUGGAGAACAUUCUUUGGCACGUUAGGGGUGUCCGUGGCCGCCGAUUUCUAUUUGGGUGGAGACCUCCGUUGCUGCACUCAGACCGUGACUAUGUUCGACUCUACACUGGGAUCUCAGAUGUAUUUGAAGAGAGUACCCUCAUUCCAAACCCACCUAGGCAUUAUUGGACUGUCCAUUCCAAUGGUUGGGUGCAGUUCUCCACCGAUGCUUCUGGAACUGCUCCAGGGUUUUAUGUCACUAUUCAAUCUGCGCGUAUAGGAAACGCUUGUGAAGGAUUUUUCUUUGAGUGCACAAAUGGUCAAUGUAUCUACAAUUCUGCUGUAUGUAAUGGAGUAAACGACUGUGUGGAUUUUUCCGAUGAGUUUUGUGAUUUAAAUGUUACAGAUUCUAAUGCUACAGUUUCUUAUGCUACAGACUAUGUACCAGUUUCCAUUGCGAGAACAACGCCUGGCCCUGGUCCCGAAACAACAACAAAAAGAGAUAUCCCUAUUGGCACCAAUUAUCUCUAUGAGGGAAGUAGGAUUGAAUACUCAUCACCAAAUUAUCCUAGUGGCUACAACAAUUCUGAAUACGACAUCCACCGAUUUGUAGCGCGGCCUUAUUAUUUGGGUUUGCUACUGCGUUUCACUGAUUUUCAAACUGAGGAAUGUUGUGAUUCUCUGACCAUGUACACUGCGGAUGAUUCAAGUUUUGAUUUUAAGGUUGAGGUGGCAAACUUAAGAGGAGAACUUCCCAAUCUUCAAACUUUUGUAAUAUAUCAAAAGUAUUUGUCAUUGCAUUUUGUCACCAAUGGUGCAGUAACUGCUCGAGGUUAUGAAGUAGAAAUCACAACGUUUGUCUUGCCAGAUUGCGGUGGAGAUGAUACAUUUGACUGUGGCAAUGGUAGAUGCAUCUAUCAAAACCAUACCUGUGACAGUUUCAACCACUGUGGAAACCUUGCUGAUGAACAAUACUGCAAUGACUGUGUGCUGAUGCCUGAAAUGUGCCAAAAUCAUUUGCAAUAUAACUCUACAUUCUUCCCAAACAAGAACGCUGCAAGCAUGGAAGAGGCAGAAUCGAUCAUACAAGAAUUGCUGCCUUUCAUCAGGAUUCAGUGUAAUGUACAACUGAAUGUAUCUAUGUGUGGUGAGAUCUACCCCGUCUGUAUUGAGAGAGGUACCAUUCCAAAGCAGUGUUUCAGUGAUUGCAUGUCUGUCACUGCUGAUUGCGCUUCUCUAUAUGAGACAUUUACUGAUCAAGCCUGGCCAAUCAGUUGUCAGGGGCUCACCGAUGUCAGCAGGGAUUCAAAAGGACUAUGUCUUGCGGAAACCAUAGAGAUCGCAAUAUUCAACACAACGUACUACAUGAACUACAAUGACGUCAUAGCCGUGACAUCGCCUAACUUUCCUAACAACUACCCAAACUCUCUGGACAUAGUAAUGCACAUACGAGGUCGACGGGGCUAUGCCAUGGUGAUACGCUUUGGGUCAGUAGUCAUGGAACCCUGUUGUGACUACAUUAGCUUGUAUGUUGGAAGGACAGCUCACUUUGAAGAAAGCCUGGAGAUAUUCAAGCUGACUGGCACAAGGAAUUCCACAGUGGGUUCUUCAUUGCUGGAUGAUUACUGGACAGUUCAUUCAGAAAUGUGGCUUCGUUUCUAUAGCGAUAGAUCUGUUACUCUACAGGGUUUCAAAGCAUGGGUGACUCUUGCUCCUCUCGAUGAUUUCCCUUCACCAAGAAGUAACGGUUCCUGCAUGAAUAGCUGCUGUGAGAAUUCAGAGAAUUCAUGCAACCCAGAGGGUUGUUACUGUGACAGCAUGUGUGGUGAUAAUGGAAACUGCUGCUACGACUACUCUUCCGUAUGUACUAACCAAGUGAAUGGAACGGCCCUACCCCCUGACAAUGGGACGUUGUUUCUUCCGACAAAUUUGACAGAAGUGGACCUAGCAAAUUCAACCUUCAAUCUUAACUCGAGUGAGGUCAUCAGGGUUACUUCACCCAACUUUCCGAACAACUACAACAAUAUGGAGAAUAUUCUUUUGCGUGUAGUAGCUCCAGCUGGACCUGGCUUGAUGUAUGUAUUUUUUGGAAGUCUUGAUAUGGAGCCUUGCUGUGAUUAUGUACGGCUCUUUACUGGCAACUCUGAUGCCUUUGACGAGAGUACACAGAUACUCCACCUGACUGGUAACGGCACUAGUGGCAUUCUACCAGAACAGAGGGUGCUUCCAAACAUUUAUGUAUCAGCGCAUCGCUAUGUUUGGCUACAAUUUGUCACCGAUGGCUCCGUCACCCAUAAGGGUUUUGAGAUCUACUUCCAGUAUCUUCCUCCUUUUGAUUGUAAUCAGAGCUUUCUUUUCCAAUGUAUGAAUGGCCAAUGUAUUGAAAGAAACUUCGUCUGUGAUGGUAUCGUCGACUGUGUGGAUACAUCAGAUGAAUCUAAUUGUGGCAAGUGCAAAGAAAGAAAUUUAUUCAAUACAUGAAAUUAAUGAAUUUCUUUGUUUAACCCUUUGAGAGUAUUCCUUAUCAUUUGCAAG